AUGGACGAAGACAACUUCUUGAAUGGAUUUGCGGAGGAUACAUUCUCGAGCGGGAACGACAUCAAAAAUGAGAAUUUCAAUUCUGGACCACUAUCACCCGAGGUUUCUGACACGGUAAACACCAUCUACUGUCUUCCCUCUGGCGACCGUCUACCUUCUGGCGCUUCACCUGCAGCAGAAAGAAUAGGCAACGUACCCGAGAUCUGGAUGAACAUACUCUCGCAAGCAGAUCAAGUCACAUUGAAAGCUGCCAUUCGCGUCAACAAAGCCUGGUAUACCGAAGGUGCGCCUCAUCUCUGGCACACUCCUGACGAAGCUGGACUACGCUUUGAUGGCAUACCAAGAAGGCAUCCAGAAAGAAUAGCGUUCUACGCUGGGCUCGUUCGACACAUUCAAUACUCGGUCUGGACCGAUAGAGGUAACCAUUGGCGUAGAGACACCGGGUCAAGGAAGAAGCAGAUGAUGCCAAAGCUUCCUAACUUGACUUCUCUCGAGUGUCUAACUUCUUCGCUGAGCGAGAGGACAGCUAGGCAACUCAGGUCGAUCUUCGUCCCGUCAUUGAGACAGAUCACCAUCGGAGACCAUGUUGCGUACGAUAGCUACAUGCAAAGGCCCGAAGAGCUUGGAGGUGUCUCGUGGUUCGACAUCAUGUGUAUGGAAUGUCCCUUUCUCGAGUAUCUUAGCCUUGGAGAGUGCAGCGGCAUCAGCAAAGAAGACUUUCAUCAUUUCUUGGCUCGAGCGACGAAUCUACGGACGAUCAGGCUUGAUAGGGGUAAUGAGCAGCUCCUCAUUGAUCCUGUGCGGCCUUUUCUCAAGAGUUUGAAAGUUUGUUCUGAGUGGAUGAUGCGACAUGAUUCGUGUGACAUGCUGUCGCAAAUGCAUGGUCUUGAGUACUUGGACAUCGCGGUUGCAGAUGCUACGAUCACGAGCGAGAGGCUGCUCAACAUCCAGUCCCUCCGCCGUCUCACUCAUUUGCACAUAUGGCCAACCAACAACAUCGGCACCACAAAGUGUACCGUGACAGCAGCAGAGUUGAUUAGCUUGAUCGAAGCCCUGCAAGAGCUUGUUGACCUCCGCAUCUGGUUAGAGUUCGACUUCUUCCGCUUUGAGGAAGCGGUCGAGGUUGCCUACGAUCUACCUGGAAGAUACCCCCAGUUUGACGACUUGGAAAACCGCCGGUCAUAUCUGGCUUAUCUUCGAAAGAUAGCCGGGGCAGAGUGCAUGGUAACCUUAGAGGAGAUAGUAUAG